UCUUAUUCAUUGGAAACCAGUUGGUGAAAUUCCCCAUCAAGAUAUGUGUUUUGGUGUUGACAGUUCUAUAUCUGGUAGGAGGUAUAUGGGGUACACUCUCAUUAACACAGGAGUACUUACCAGAAUGGCUGCUACCCCCUGAAUCUGAAGUUUCAAAGUGGUUUGUGAGCAAAGGUGAAUAUUUCCCCUCUGUGGGGGAACCAGGGGUUAUUCUUAUCUCACAAAUAAACAUCCCUCAGGAGUUUGAAAGAAUAGAUGAACUGGUGGAGAAAAUGAAGUCCCGAACUGAAAAUAUUGAUGAAAUAAAUUCCUGGCAUUCUCAUUUCAGGGAGUAUAUUGAAACGUACAAACAAGGGAAUACUAGUUUUCAGGAUUUGAUUAAAGAUGACGCAUACUUUAGAAAGAAGCUUACGCAAUUUCUCUUCAGUCCUAAGGGAGCAAUCUAUCAAGCAAAUUUUUGGUUUGCUGAGAAAUUGGUUUGCGGUAAACCAGCACCAGAUAUACUGCUCCAGGCAAUACCUUUUUCUCAUUUACGUUUUGAGCGUUCAAGUGAAUGGAUUCCUGCAAUGGAAGAGGUAGAGGAGAUAGUGGAAUCAAUUCCAUUCAGUAACUACUCAUUUCCGAUAGCUCUAACGUAUAUAAACUGGAAAACUGAUGCUAUUGUUGGUACGGAGCUUUUAAGGAAUGUGGGGAUAGCUUUGAUCUGUAUAUUUCUGACAACUCUGAUCAGCCUGGGUAGCUGGAGGGGUAGCCUUCUGGUCAUGAUGUGCGUCCUUCUAACCUGCAUAGAUGUAACUGGGUUCAUGCACUGGUGGGGCCUCACUAUUGAUAUAACAUCGAUGAAUGUAAUAAUAAUCAGUGUUGGUUUAUGUGUGGACUUUUGCGCUCACAUUGUACAUGGUUUCUUAACAGGACAGGGAACAAGAGAGGAGCGGGUUCUCUACGUGAUGGAAAAGGUUGCCCCUGCUGUUAUGAACGGAGGGUUUAGUACCAUUCUUGCUCUUUCACUUUUAGUUACUUCACGUUCCCAUAUUUUUAUAUCCUUCUUUAAAAUCUUCCUCUUGAUUUGUCUAUUCGGCCUCUUCCAUGGUCUCGUCACACUUCCGGUCGUCCUAGCCUGUAUUGGGGCGACGGAGGAAAACUCAGAAAAUAAAGAGGAAAAGGGAAAUGACCAAACUGCUGAUGUCGAUGAAGGUUUCAGGCAUGGAUCUGAGAUGAACAAAAAUGUGCGGAAAGAUGCCGCUGAUGAUGUAGAGAUUGUACCAGAAGAAAUAGUUCUGUUAAGUACAACAGGAGCAGCUGAAGUUGAAAAUCCGCCAAACUGUGAGAAUACCUCAAACAAUAACCAAGAACUAGAGAAAUUAUCGCUUAAAAAUCUAGAAUGUUCGAAUGAAAGUGCGGCAGAAAAAUCGACGAAAAAUUUUACCUUAAAUAAGAUUUUACGUCAUUCUAGAAACAAAUCAGUGAUGCUAAAAAAAUGCCCAGAACAAAAUACCUCAAACCAGAAUUUAGAAUCUGCAGGAAAUGUUUAGAUUCGAGGCUGUUCCUUUUCAACAUUACAAUGGUCGACCAGAUAAUAUCUCCAACUGUGUGCGUCCUAAGUAUCUAUCUAUCAUUCUAUUAAAUAAGAAUCUAGCUUGAGACAUCUAGCGCCAGCGGCAAAGCCAUCGCCCCCCAAUGUACAUCAUCAGGACGGACUUUGGUCACAAUCAAAUGGUCGUUGAAAGAAACGGCCUCGUGAUGCAGGGUGUCUCAAAUCACACUACUGUCCUUUAAGUAUGAUUCAAUUUAUAAUAUUCUGUCACUUUGAAAUCUAUAAAUGAUCAAUAAUCAAUUGACAUAAUUUUGUAUUCACAAAAAAUAUGAUUGGAAAGGUUUUGUAGACUUUAAAAAAUGACUUUCUAAAUUCAAUACAUAAUACGCAUUGUUUUCUUUACAUAUUCUUUGAGACAUCCUGUAUUGUUAAGUUCUAGAUAAUAACCAUCCAUUUGUCUUUACAGUUAAAAUUAAUCUAUUAAUAUUUUUUUACGUCUCCAGCUCCGUAUCCGUUAUUUAUUAAGAGCCUAAUUGCGCCUAAUUACUUAAAUAAAAAGCUCAUUGUAAAAUAUACUUAUCACCAGCACUGUGAAUAAUUUUAAGAGAUAUUAAAUUAUUGUUAAACAUGAGAGCUGAGAGACGAAUUGAAAAACGUUUUUAAUCUUUGAAAUAAUUUUUUUUGUGAUCAUUAUUCAAGAGGUAUGACGGUAAAUUAGGUUUACAAAUAAAUGCGGCAAAUUAUUUCAAAGAUCGAAGUCGAUCCUCAACUCGUCUCUCAACUGUCAUGUUAAAAAAACCAACCUAUUGGAUAAAAUGGAUUACUAUUUUGAAUUAUCCAUAAUAACUUCUUGCAGGUGUUCUGUGUACACUUUCUCUCAUUUGCCGGGCCAUAUGAAAUUCUCUGUAUUUAAUUCUGAAAAGUUAUGUAUUUAGUUAUGUACAAUAAACAAACAGUGAAAACCUGAAAACGGUGGAUUUCUCGUAGUCUCUAUCGAACUGUUAUUUUAUCAAAUAACUUUUAUAUACAGGGUGUCCCAAAAAACAUGGGAAUUCAGCGACGAAUUGGAUAUUGUCU